AUGCCCAAAAAGUCUGAUAAUUCAAACUCUGAAGCUGAUGAGCAAUCUCUGACGGAACUGGACGCACACAACCUGACUCGGGACCUCUUUCUGAUCAGCCAAGUGCCUGGAGUGUUAGACGUUCUCUCUACUGACAGUAUACUCGCUUCAUGGAUACGUCUUGCACAACUGGAGCACUCUACCCCUCAAGAUGCCUCGGUGCCACCAAUCACGUCAACCGGGCCACUGGAACAUUCUCAGGGAACACGGCACUCACCGCCAUCAACGGCCACAGACCACGAAGCCUCGACAACGCCCACAUCGGCCCCCGGCCCUAGCGCCGGAACCAUUCGUAUCCCAGCCAAGAGGCACCGUCAAGCCACUGCCGAAGAACCAUCCAAGCGCACACGCGCAUCCACGCGCACCCACACACAGUCACCGUGUUGCCCACCAUCCGAUGAUCAAGCGCAUAAUGAUCAGGAGGUUGAAGAACCUCAGCGCCAGACACGUAAGGCGGGUGGCAAAUCCGGUGCGGCUCCCGGUGGUGAUGGGCACCCUCCACGUAUCGAAUGGAAGUGCAACAGAGGCGCAACCACGCCAGAGAACGCCGCCCUCACGAAGGAAUUGAUGGAGACGAUCUGGGCAGACCGCGCUGCCGGUGGUCCUGAAGGACCCCUCAGCCAGCCGGUUGUCGAGUUUGUUGCCAUGCUUGCUUCGUCGACGGCCUCUGAUGUCGUGUCUUGGUGCGAUGUCAUAGCUGUCGGUCGCCUGGAGGCUGCAAACGAAGGCGCGACUCCCUUGGAGGUCAUCCUGCGACGCUGUGAGCUCUGGGAGUCUAAAGGACUUGUGGCUGAUGUUAAAGGCAUGGUGGCUCAUGUUGAACUGUGCAUGGAGGUUCAGAGGAUUUGGGACGAUGAAGUGCCACAGGCAUGCAAGCACAGCAAACUACUUUCCGUCCUGGGAGUGUACCGAUACCUUGAGGGCGCCGGACGUGGUAUGCGAUUCUCUUACAAGACUCUCCAGCGCCGCUUGGCCAAAGGCGCGGUUUGUACGGCAUUUGCGCGGGCCGCCGGUUUAGCCGGCCUUAUCCUCGUGGCCGGGCUCGGUCUCGUGGAUUCCCUACAUGCCUGUAAAGCCGAGGAACUCGUCAACACCCUGCUCUCGCCCGUGAGUGUAGUCUUGCGCUCCACCUUGGCUUCCAGCGUUGUGCCCACGCUCGCCACCAUCGACCGACGCUUGGACCUCGGUUGGGUUUGUAACGGUCAACACCUGUGGAAGACCACUCACCUCGAUGAGUAUCUGGGGCGGUUCCAACUCAACACUUUCGUACUCAGGCCACGUUGCGAGGUCAUCUGGGCCGCCGUGAUAAAGGCUGAAGUAAACCGGCCGCGGCCAAUUCAAUUUUUCUCGUCACAAUCGGACGUCGCUCCGGGUCUGGCACCGGUUGCGCCUGCUGGUCCCGCACCUGCACCAGCAUGCACUGCUAUUCCCAUCACUUGGCCAGAACUACGCACGCUCACGACCUCCUACGAUCCGGCCAACCCACGCAACACGGCUAAGCAACAUUCCAGCAAUCGUAUGGAGGGCGCGCGCCAAACGGAAGAGGAGAGGAUGCUCGCGCGUAUUGGUGAUGUUCCCACUGAUUGGGAAGAUCUGUGUAAGCGCAUGUCCACCCAGUAUGUUGAAGGCUGUCGCGCAGAGGAUGGGGACUAUGUGCACAUGCCAGUCUCUGUGACAGGAGAGGCGUUCAUGUUGCGCACGCAACCUGAUGGUCAACCUGACUCGCGCUUCGAUCUCUUCGCCUUUCGCGGGAUGCCGGACUCUGAGAGAGAGCGCUUCAGCAAUCUCCUGGAUGCCGUCACCCUGAGUAUAGACCCACUCCGCUCUGUGAACACGGCCGAGUUGGGUGAUGAGUACUCUUUUCCAUGCUAUCACUUCAGCAUUUACAACAGGAGCAUUACCAAGGGACACGGAGCACCAGCGGGAGUCAAUCCAGAGACUCUCGAGCGUCACGUCAUGAACACGGAGACUGGCGAGCACCGGCCUAUGCGUACUAACUACUCCCAAUUCAAGCCGUACGAGUCGAGGGAGAUGGAGAAGUAUAGGAAACUAUACGAUGCCCUGACAAAGGCCCUGGAGGCUCUCUUCACAUUCAUCAGCCGUAGGGGCCGGCCAACCAGGUCGGCCCAUACCGGUACACGAAGCCGACCUGGUCGGCCGUUUUCGGCAAAUUCCGAGGCGUCGCCGUCGUCAUUUUACGUCCACGGCUGCUGGGCACGGACGCGCUGGCAUUGGUCCCGCGCCCUGCGCCCCCUCGUUAGCCGUCGUGGAGUGCGUGCCAUGUAUUCUCGCCUGGUGUUUCGCCGCCCGCUCGCUAGCGACGCGACCGCGCCUAUCUUCGUUGCCUGCCCGCUCGUUGCAACACGAACGGACUUAGAUUCGCGUAUUGUCGCCGUUGUCCUAGGUCGUCGUGCUUGCUUUGCGUUCUUCGCGCUCGAAGUGACGCAGGCGCAUCUGUUUACGGUGCCAUCCCGCCCUCUUGCGGGGGCUUGGCGCUUGCGCCUGCGCUAA